AUACAUCCACCAUGUUUGUAAAGAAAGGCCGAUCACUAACAAUACAUAGAAAUGGCAGAUAUAGUGGAGGUGAGAAACAAGCAGGUGAUAUUCAAAGAUUACAUUAAUGGGUAUGCAACUGGAUCCGACAUGGUGGUAACAUCUGAUGCCACCAUCCGUUUGGAGUUACCCAAGAACGAUGACAGUCUGAUCUUGACUAAAAAUAUAUAUUUGUCAUGCGACCCCUACAUGAGGAAUCGCAUGAAUAGGACUAUGGAAGGAAAUUACAUCGAUUCUUUCACUCCUGGUUCGCCUAUAGUCGGCUAUGGUGUGUCGAGAGUUUUGGAGUCCAGUCACCCCAAGUUUAAGAAAGGAGACUUGAUAUGGGGUCUUGUUGGUUGGGAAGAAUAUAGCUUGAUAAAAGAUACCCGUACCUUUAUAAAGAUUCAAGUUACUGAUGUUCCGUUAUCAUGCUAUACAGGAAUCCUAGGUAUGACUGGAUUGACUGCUUAUGUUGGUUUUCAUGAGAUUUGUUCUCCGAAGAAAGGAGAGACCGUGUUUGUGUCAUCAGCAUCUGGUGCUGUUGGUCAAAUUGUUGGACAGUUGGCAAAGCUCUUUGGUUGUUAUGUUGUUGGAAGUGCUGGAUCCAAAGCAAAGGUUGAUCUACUUAAGAACAAAUUCGGAUUCGAUGAUGCAUUUAACUACAAAGAAGAGCAAGAUCUCAAUGCCGCCUUAAAAAGGUAUUUUCCAAAUGGCAUUGAUAUGUACUUUGAUAACGUUGGGGGAAAGAUGCUCGACGAAGUGCUACGUAACAUGAGAGUCCAUGGUCGCAUUGCAGCGUGCGGGAUGAUCUCACAGUACAACCUUGAUAAGCCACAAGGCAAUUACAAUCUCCUUAUGCUUAUCAUGAAACGUAUAAGAAUGGAAGGGUUCCUCGUUUUCGAUUACUAUCACUCAUAUCCUAAAUUCUUAGAAAUGAUCUUGCCACUAAUUCAUGAAGGAAAAAUAACCUAUGUUGAGGAUAUUGUCAUAGGUCUCGAAAAUGCUCCGGCUGCGCUUAUAGGUUUAUUUAAUGGCACAAAUGUCGGAAAACAAGUCGUGGCCAUAACUAACGAGUAAGCAAAGCUAAAGUUAAUAGUUAAAUGUGUUUUUCUAGGUGUCAAAUUCCAGUGUUCUGUUUUAUAUGUUUGUUGUUGUGGUUCUGGUCAUUAUGAUGAGAAGACGUUGUAAUAAUUACGUUAUAAUAUGUUUGCAUCUCUAGUUAAUGGUUA